GAAAACUUGCUUUGAAUUUUAAGUAUCUCUCAAUAAUGGUAAAUAGUCAUGACUUAAUAAGCAACAAUAAAAGUUCAAAGUUGAAAAAAAAAAAAUCAUCACAGGCAGUUAAACACCAACGAAAUAGCUAAUCUGCAUCAUCAGGACUGUGUGGGUGUGCGAUAUUAUUGACAGUGGUCUGGCAACACAAGCAAUCAACCCCAUAAUUACGUAGCUAAAAGGCUGAUGACAUACUCUGCACUGAGUUAAGUGUUUAUACAGUACUGCACUCUGUUUUCAGUACAGCUUGUAGGCAAGUCAGGCCUGUAAAAUACUGACAAUCUUCAUGCCAUUGAGAAUCUAGCUGUAUACAUUAUGAAGACAGAAGUAUUAGAACACCGUAUGCGUUUACCUAAACACAGGCUUUUUAUUACUGAAGACAUAUUGAUAUGCCACAGUAGGAAAAGCUGACGUGUUAAUAAUAAAAUGAACAAUGGCUGAAUUCUAUUUAGCUGCUUCAGUUUUAGGAUCCAGGUGUUGUGCAUGCUGGUUCACUGUCAUGGCUUACUGGACUUACUAAACAUACACUAAAUAAUAUGGAUAUGUUUUGAUCACAUUAGUUCAUUUUCUACUACAAAAAGAAUACUGGUUGGAGUUGGAAAGCACUACAUCCGUGUGGUGGCGCUGUGUCACAGUGUACUUUAAACCUACUUUUUGUUUAAAUCCAGACAAACCAACAACUUAACAACUUAAUUCAGUCUUCUUCACUGGUUGAUUAUAAGAGAUUAACAUGUAGUAUGUAUUUUGUCUCCUGUCCACAAAUGUUUUUUUAUAAACAAUGCCAGAUAUAGUCCUGCACAGUUCUCACAAAACAUCUCGACCAAUCAAAUUUCCUAUUUUUCCAAGCAUUGUGUUGGAAAACCCCCCAAAAAAUGUGUGUGUGUGUGUGUGUGGGGGUGUGUGUGUGUGUGUGUUUAAAGGCAUUUAAAUAGUAAAUUAAAUUGUCUAUUUUCUGAUUUACACUGGUGCCGGUAAUGAACCAAUAAGCUUUAUACCAACCAGUGUAAAACAAACAGAAGAAGAAGAAGACUGCACUACCUCAUGGAAAGUACAUAAUCGAUUCAUUAAUUAUUUAAAAAUGACAAAAAUAAUAGAGAGAAUUUAGUAUUUUUAGUUUGUUUGUUUGUUUGUUUUGCCACCGCACCACACUCCAGUCCAGCAGGUGGCGCUAAUGCACCUACAAGCUGGUCUGCCAACCGCCAUUAACACCCGAAGAACAAGAAGAAGGAAGAACCAGCAGAAGAAGAAGACUGCGUUACCAAGGAGACGUGAGCUGUGGCGCUACUGACUGCUAGCCGUUGAACUACCGUUGGCCGUUGAACUACCGUUGGCCGUUGAACUCGGAGGAAGAGUAGAGAGGACUUUCGGCGCCGCAUGUUUUUUUUUUUUUUGUGUGUGUAAGGAGACAUUUGUGACAUGGCAGAACUGCACAUUAUAGGCCAGAUCGUCGGCGGAACUGGUUUCCCGCAAAACAGCCUGUUUUGCAAAUGGGGAGUUCAUGCGGGAGGAGCAUGGCGUCUCCUGGCCGGGCUGAAGGAGGGUCAGACCCAGGUGGAUAUCCCCCAAACAGGAGACAUGGCGUACUGGAGCCACCCGAUUGAUCUCCACUACGCCACCAAGGGAGUGCAAGGCUGGCCGAAGCUUCACCUCCAGGUGUGGCACCAGGACUCCUUCGGCCGCUGCCAGUUGUACGGUUACGGAUACUGCCAUAUCCCCUCCAGCCCCGGACAUCACCGGAUAAGCUGUGUGACCUGGAGGCCGAUCGGGUCCUGGCAGGAGCAGCUGGCGCAAAUGUUUGUCGGCGGAGGUCCUCAGCUCCGCAGCCCGGAGCUUGUGUACAGCGGGGCGGACAGAUACAGACUGCACACCGAAGCCAUGGGGACUGUGGAGCUGGAGCUUGGCAUCAUUAUGAGACACUUUGACAAAUAUGGCGUGGAGAGUUAACGGAGUGAAACUGAAAGGACUUUAUGAAUUUAUAUAUUGUGCAGACUUGUUUUUAGUACAGUUUUGUACUUUUUUGUUCUAAAUUGUGUUUUUUUUAUACAUUAAUAUUAGGUGAUAAUAUUAAAUAAUAAAGAAACUUGUCUUAACGAA